UAGAAUGGUGACAAAGUUCUACCAGCACUUCCUGGCCUUGGUGUUUGCCAUAAAUGAGAUCAACCAGAACCCCAAGAUCUUGUCCAAUGUCACACUUGGCUUCCACAUUUAUGACAGCAGCUACCAUGCAAGGCUUUUCCACCAUACCGUUCUGAACUUGCUCUUCAAAGCACAGAGAUUCAUCCCCAGUUAUCUGUGUGACAACAAGAAGAAUCCAAUCGCUGUCAUUGGUGGACUGGGCACGGAUGUUUCAUUCCACAUUGCAGACAUCCUUCACCUUUACAAGAUUCCACAGAUCCACACAUACAUUCAAGGCAUUUCAUUUAAUAACUCAGCUGGAGAAGAGAUAUCUUUUAAUGAUGAAAGAGAGAUGAGAGGGGGAUUUGACAUAGCCAACAUGGUCAUCUUCCCAAACAACUCCUUCCAGAGAGUGAAAGUUGGAAGGGUAGAUUCCGAUGCUCUGGAAGGAACCAGGUUUAUAUUUCAUGACGAAUCACUUGUGUGGCAUCAAGAUUUCAAGCAGGGGGUGCCCAUUUCAACAUGUACUGACUCCUGUCAGAUUGGUUAUCAGAAGAAAAAGAAGGAAGGGCUGAAGUUUUGCUGCUAUGAUUGUGUUCCAUGCCUGGAAGGGAAGGUUUCAAACCAAAAAGACAUGGAUGAUUGCUUCAAAUGUCCAGAAGAUCAAUAUCCAAACAAGGGCAGGAAUCGGUGUGUGCCCAAAGAUAUAAGCUUUCUGUCUUAUCAAGAACUUUUGGGGAUCAGUUUAAACACAGUUACCAUUUCUUUAUCUGUCAUCAAUGUUUUGGUGCUUGGAAUUUUCAUAAAGCACAGGCACACACCCAUAGUCAAGGCUAACCAUCGGGAUCUUACCUACACUCUCCUCAUUUCUCUCUUGUUCUGCUUUCUCUCUUCUUUGUUAUUUCUUGGACAGCCUGGGACACUGACCUGCCUUCUCCAACAAUCUGUUUUUACCAUCGUCUUCUCAGUGGCUGUUUCUUCUGUGUUGGCCAAAACCAUCACUGUGGUGGUGGCAUUCAUGACCACCAGACCAGGUUCUAGCUGGAGGAAGUGGGUGGGGAAAACAUUUUCCAGCUCCAUUGUCCUUUCCUGUUCCCUCAUUCAAACUAUCAUUUGUGCAGUCUGGCUGGGCACCUGUCCUCCUUUUCCAGAUGUUGACAUGCAAACCUCAUCCCAAGUCAUCAUAGAAAAAUGUAAUAAAGGGUCUAUCAACAUGUUUUGUCUAGUCCUGGGCUACAUGGGACUUCUGUCCUUCAUUAGCUUUGUGGUGGCUUUCCUGGCCAGGAAGUUGCCUGACAGUUUCAAUGAAGCCAAGUUCAUUACCUUCAGUAUGCUGGUGUUUUGCAGCAUUUGGUUGUCUUUUAUUCCAACCUACUUAAGCACCAAGGGAAAAUACAUGGUGGCUGUGGAGAUCUUCUCCAUCUUAGCUUCCAGUGCAGGGUUACUAUUAUGCAUCUUUUUUCCAAAAUGCUAUAUCUUCGUGAUGAAGCCUGAUCUCAACAGCAAGGCACACCUUAUCUGAAGAAAGAAUACUGUCUAACCUGCAGUUUAUUUCUGUUGCUCUCCUGGGGUGGAAUUAGUCUGAGAUUCAAUCCUAUAGAUUUUAUGUCUUUAUCCUGGGCAA